GUCCCACUGAAGCAAAUGAAUGUUAGCAUUCUCACAAUGUCAUCAACUGUUGGGUAAUGUCUUACUCUUAGUAUUAACACAUAUACUUGGUGAAUGGCAUGUUUGAUGAAUUCAUUCUCUCUUGUUUGUUGAUUGAAUGCUGUUUGUGAUCAAUUUCUUAUCUUCACACAGUCUGAAGAAAGCUUGAAAUGUUUGACUGACCUUUCAGAAAUCGUUUAAUGAAAUGUAAAAUCUUGCAAAAUGUUAUAAUUUUUGUUUUUCAGAGUCAGGAGGAUCAUGGUAAAUGAUACGAACAUUUUACUGUUCACACUCAGUGCCUAUUUUGACACAGGUGUUCUCAAAUAUUUAUAUUUUCUCAUUAUCAUAUAUGUAUAUCUGUUAAUAAUCGGUGCCAAUGUGUUGCUGAUUGUGGUUAUCUGUGUGAACAGGAGCUUACAUGAACCGAUGUACCUUUUUCUGGUCAGCCUGUUUGUAAAUGAACUGUAUGGUAGUACAGGGUUGUUUCCAUUCCUUCUGGUUCAGAUCCUCUCUGAUAUUCACACUGUUUCUGCUCCCUUCUGUUUCCUGCAGAUUUUCUGUUUGCACUCUUAUGGAGCGAGAGAAUUUUGGACCUUAGCCAUAAUGUCCUAUGAUAGAUAUCUUGCUAUCUGUUUUCCUCUACAAUAUCAUACUCGUAUGACACCUAAAAAGAUUGCCGUGCUUAUUGCUCUAACAUGGUUGUACUCUUUUUUUGUCACUGCUUUGACAGUUUCUGUUCUGACUGCUCCUUUACAGCUGUGUGGAAACAUUAUUAACAAAGUGUACUGUGACAACCCUAAUGUUGUCAAGCUGGCCUGCUCUGAUACAUCAGGCAUUAACAUUUAUGGACUUGUUAAUAUAUUUACAGUAAUCUUUGGUCUUAUAAUCUUAAUUAUUUUCUCUUACAUGAGGAUCCUUAAAGUGUGUUUUUCUGGUUCUAGACAGACCAGACAGAAAGCUCUCAGUACCUGCACACCUCACCUCGCUUCCCUGCUAAAUUUUUCUUUUGGGGGUUUCUUUGAAUUAAUACAAAGCAGGUUUAAUAUGAAUUAUUUACCCAUUAUGUUGCGUAUUUUUCUGUCAUUGUACUGGCUUACAUGCCAACCACUCAUCAAUCCUUUACUGUACGGACUAAAGAUGUCAAAAAUACGCAUUGUAUGUAGACGUCUGCUUGUUGGGAGGAAAAGGUAA